AUGGGGAAACUCUGGGUUGAAGUGUGCCUGAUAUCCGCUCGAGGGCUCACGCGUUCCUCUUCGUUAUGGAAGCUCCAGUGGUAUGCUGUUGGGUGGACUAAUCCCAACAACAAAUACUGCACCAAGAUUGAUGCAUCUGGAAAUGCAAAUCCGGUUUGGAGAACCAAGUUUGCUACCUUGGUUGAGGGCUCAGAGGCGGACUUGCAGGAUCUGGCGCUGCAUAUUGAAGUGUACAGCAGAGAGCCUAUAUUCCUCGGAGAAAAGCUUCAGGGGACGGCAACUAUUGUCCUGAAAGAGUUUCUGUCUAAGCAUAACAAGAACUCUGGGGCUCCAAGGCAAGGAGCUGAAGAAGUCGGGAGCUACCAGUUGCGGAAGAAGAACUCCAACAAACCUCAAGGGUUUGUCGAUGUUUCAAUACGGAUUUCCGAGGAUAUGGAAGCUCGAAGCUCGUACACAGGCAGUGAGGGAGGACCUAUGGAUCACAGCAAUACCAUCACCUUGGCUACUGGAGACGGGUCUGCACCGGCGAUACGACCUGUAGCUCGACAACAAAGGCCAGAAGAUCAGUUCCGUAUCAACUCCCCAUAUGCACAACCAUUGCCUUUCCCUCCAAACUAUUCCAAUCCAUCUGCAGUUGGACCAAGCUACCCACCAGCCAGCGCCACAAGUUACCCACCAGCAAACGGACCAAACUACCCUUCAGCAAGCGGACCAAGCUACCCACCAGCAGGCGGGCCAAGCUAUCAGCCGCCUAGAACUCCACCACCGCCUCCCCCACCUUCUAAUGUUGGCUACAUACCCACUUUUGUCCGGAGAACAGAUCGAAUGGCAGAGACCUAUAUCAAUAUGCCAUCAUCUGGAGCACCGCCUGGUCGCAGAGGAGCAGCUGGUGUUGGAAUGGGAAUCGGUGCUGGAGCGCUGGCGGCUGGUGCUGUGAUCUUUGGUGAUGACUUCAUGUCAGGAUUCGACGUUCCUUCUGGCUUACAAGAUGCUAGUCUUACUAUAUCAAUUGAUCCUCCUUUCUGAGCAUGUUUGUAAUUAGCAUCAGAUUAUGAAAUGAAAAUCUGUUAAUUACUUGUUAAUUACAACUAUAAUCAUCCAAACAUAAAUUUUAUAAUGAAAAGUAUUGUGUUAUACUUCAA